AUGACCACCAUUGACCACAGCAAACUUCCGACCUUUGAUGAAUUGCCUACGUGGAAGGACUUCAAAGGGUGUGCUUGGAGCGUCUGGGGUUCCGAUGAUCAACUAGGCACCGUCAAUCUCUUAACCGCCGACGUAGUCAAACGCGCAGCACAGGAGGAAAUCAAAACAGGGAAGACUGUUUGUUUGAAUUGGCCUAUCAAUUUUCCAGCGAAGCCAAUGUUCGGGAGGAAGAUUCCCCAUAUUGAAUCACGGAACAAAGGCGAUCCAGCCGUCAAUGACGAUGAGAUUUACAUCAACACCCAAUCUGGCUCCCAAUGGGAUGGUCUGAAGCACUUUGGCAUCAGAGAGCAUCGUGUGUUCUACAAUAACACCCCGGAUGAUAUCAUUCCUAAGGGACAUUUCGAGAUGCCUGAUCCGAACAAACUGGAUCCAGCAGUGUUGAAACUCGGAAUUCACAAUUGGGCUCAGCACGGCAUCUGUGGUCGCGGCGUCCUGCUGGACGUUGUGAAAUAUUUCACCGACGAACAUGGGAGCCUGCCCUAUGACCCGUGGACUACGCAUGCCAUUACCGUGGCUGACCUGGAAGCCUGCGCCAAGAAAGAAGGUGUAACAUUCAGGACGGGCGACAUUCUGCUUCUCAGGGUCGGAUUCAUUCAAAAGUAUUCUCAAGUUACCCAAGCACAGCGCGAUGAGCUACGGGGAAAGAAAGAGACAUUCGCCGGUAUUGAGCAGUCUGACGAUAUGAAGCGGUUCUUGUGGAACAAUCACUUUGCUGCCAUAGCUUCGGAUCAGCCAGCUCUGGAGAGGUGGCCUACGCCAGAAGGGACCCCUCAUAUGCAUCAGACCGUCCUAGGUCUAUGGGGCAUGCCCAUUGGGGAAUUCUUUGACCUUGAGGCUUUAUCGAAGGCGUGCGCGGAGCAAGGACGAUGGACCUUCUUCUUUUCAUCCUGGCCGCUGAACGUGCUGGGUGGUGUGGCGAGUCCUCCCAACGCUGCGGCCUAUCUGUAAGUGGCUCGAUCUUGAACACAGGCCAUAUUUUGGAACCAAGUAUCUCGGAUGAGCGGAAGGGGUCGAAUAACGGCGGGAGGAAAUUGUACGAUAAAUUACGAGCUGUUACAUGCAUCGAACAGAGAGAGAUUGCAGAAAUCGUCGCAUACAGAUCUACCCUUCAUCAGCAGUCAAAGCGUUGGUUCUUGACUCGUGUGAAUUUUUAUGUGGUGUGGAACUUCAGAGGCCCGGCGCGGUGUCUCAGCUCCCGGCCCUUCCAUUGCAUGAGCGGUACGAGGAGAAACGCGGCGAAGCUAAUCGCAGCCUGCGUCCCAAACGAGGCCUCGGUCCCCAGUUUGUUGGCCCACGUCACUUGGAAAUACGAUACGAUGAAGCCUCCUGUCGUGCGCCCGAAAUUGAUCCACGCGGCGACCUCUCCCGACGCUUCGGGGUACGAAUCCAAAAGAUACGCCUGAAGCGCGACGGUCGUAAUCAUAAUUCCAAACACGAACAGGCCCCACCCGACGGCGAGCGCUGCCCAGUGCCACGCCCUUUCGAGCGCAAAUCCCACAACCACCAGGCCGGUGCACAUGAACGGCGUGCUGAACCACACG